AUGUCAAAUGAGGGAACUUCAUCUUCAGAUCUCAGACAGGAGAUACUGGGGAAUCAGAAAAAGAAGAAAAAGCGCAAGAAAAAGUCGCCGAGUCCGAUGAUUGACAUGGCGGAUCUCGAUUCAAUCCUCGGAAUCAACGAGCGUCUUCCUUUCUAUGACACUCCUGCUCCCAAACCAGCAAAACCGAAACGCGCAGAAGAAUCUCCAAAACCGAAAAAGCCCAAACCAUCAACAUCACUAACUCCAAAGAAGAAAAAAGUCAAACCUUCAUUCACACCCGAUAUGAAGAAGAAGCUAAAAGCUGAAAAGAAGGUGAAGAAAGAAAAGGAGCGCGAAUCAAAGAAGCAUCGAAUAUCAUCGAAAAGAAAAUCGUCCGAAUCUUCGAAUGCUCCUUCGGAAGCUGAAAAUGACCCACCGAAGAAGAAAAAGAAGGAGCUUCGGAAAAUCGAUGAAAUUGAGGAAGAUUCUAAAAUUGACUUGCCCGAUCGUGAAAUUUCUAAAAAGCAUCAACCUGAUGUUUCUACGACAGAUUCUUCAAAUAAAAAAAGCGAAGAUAAAGAUUCCGAGCCGGAUGAUUUUUGGAAAGAAUACCUAGUGAAUCCUCAUUCUGAAGAGUCUGAAUCAAGUUCUAAAACUACUGAUAAAGCUGUAGAAAACAGUGCCAAAAGCGAGACUCCGAAAAAGAAACCAAAGGGGAAGCGACGUGGCAAAUCAGUUAAGGAAGAAAGGCUCGAAAAAGAGAAAAUUCGAGCUGAAAAAGAAGAGCAGGAGAAGAUACGAAAGGAAGAAGAAAAAAGGCUCGAAAUAGAGAAGCAAGAACGGCAGCAAAAAGAAGUGGAAAAACGCCGAAAGAUGGAGGAAGAAAAACGAUUGAAAGAGAUAGAAAAGAAGCGUCAAGAUGAGGAACUUCUCGCCAAAAAGAAAGCGAAAGAAGAAAAAGAGAGAUUAAAAGUUCUUGCUGAAAUCAAAGAACUCUUGCCACAGGUCCAGAAAAAGCCCUUCAAGCCAGACCUUUCAGUGAAAUAUCCGCCUUGUGCGAGAGAGGACGACAAAGAAGAUCCUUCAGAAGUGUCCGACAACUCCUCUGCUUCAAAUGCUCUUCCGUCAGCCGAUCUAGAGAAGAUCGACGAUGAUCUAGCUACGAAGAAGAAGAUCGUUUCAGAGAAAAAGAUCAUUCAACCAAGAAUCAUUCAAGAUGCAAUCAUCUCUAGCGUCAACUCUCUCGUUAAAAUAACCAAGUCUUCGUCGUCUUCUAGAGAUUCUGUUAAUACUAGUAUCGAUGAUGCGAGCAAGAAGUCCUCUCUGUCUUCACAAAAUGAAGAGAGUCAGUCAAUGCCAUCGCUGGAAGCUGUUACUGAAGAUGACAUUGAGUUGGGUCCUGAGGAAGAUAUCUCUCGAAACCCACAGGAUUCUCCAGUAGAAGAAUCGAUGCAAAUUGAUAAUAAGCUGGGAGAUUGUUCUGAAACUCAAACUGUGGUAUCAGAAUCUUCGCCUGCUGACCAGAAGGAUAGUGAAUCGAAGAAGCAUCGAAUAUCAUCGAAAAGAAAAUCAUCAGAAUCUUCAUAUGCUCCUUCGGAAUCUGUCGCUGCUGACCAGCCUUCUUCUUCUCCUGAAAGCCUGUCUGACAGACUUGAACAGCCGAAAAUUCCUAAUGGAAAUCCUGAACCUUCUACCACUUCUUUAUGCGCUGAGAAAACUCCUAUUGUUCGAAAGAAAAAGCUGACCGAAGAAGAAGUUGAAAAACUCAUGGAUGCGGUAGAAACAGAUGAAGAGAAAGACCAAAUUUGGAAAGAUUUUCUAAUGCAAGAUUCUCUAGACAAACUGGCUCAAGAGCAAAACACUUCAAUCGCCGAGCAAACCGAAGAACCGGCUUCCACGACAGAGAAAGUCGCUUCAGAAACGCUAGAGAUUGAGCGAAAACUCGCGUCUUUGGAAACGGAAGAAGAGAAAGACCUUGCGUGGAAGGAGUAUUUGAUGAAAGACGCAAUCGAAGCCAAUGAUGAUAAGAACGACUGCCCUUCUGGUGGAAGUAACCCAACGCAAGUUGAAAGCCUCCCGACAAGUUCAAGCUCUGAAAACCCCCCUUGUACAUUAACCAAUACGACCGAGAAAUACGACCCUACUGAACCAACUACCGAUGACACUGCUGCUCUAGAAGAAACGGAUAACAUGCCACUUACUUCAUUAAUCGAGGCAAUUGAAACCAAUAAGCCCAAGCUGACACAAAAGAAACAAAAUGCCCCUAUCGUAGAAUUAAAUAAGAAACUGACCGAGGACUUGGAAAAUGAUGGUCACGAUAUUGACGAGAUUGAUUUCAAUAAACCUGAAACCUUCGCCAAAAAGCCUGCUCCCGAAGCUGUUGCUCAGAAAACUGCUCCUGCGACAAAGAAAAAGCACCAGCAGCCAAGGCAUCUCCAGCCACUCCUGCCAGAGCAAAAGCUCCUCCAAAAUCAGUUCCUGCUACUCCAACGAUUGACCGACGAGAACGACCAAGACGACGCCGAUGCGAUCGAAAUCGGGUUUACUGAUGAUCUGGUUGAAGAGAACUCUGCGAAGCUCUUCUUCAUAGGCCUGAAGGAUAUCAGAAAUCAAGCGAUCCGCGGUGAGCUUGAGAAGUUUGGAAAUGUCGGAGAUGUGGUCGAGUUUCAGCGACACAAAGUUGAUUUGGGAACUUUUAUUGAGGAAGUCGCCUGUGUCAAAGUCGCAUCAGCCGAGAAUGCUACGGCGAUCAUGAAGCGAUUCAACAACCGGAAGAUUCUUGAAUCGAAGAAUAAAGUUGUCAUCAAGCAAGUUAUCAACUUCCCUUCCAAGGCGGAGAUGAAAAAACUUGUGAAAGCGGCUGUUGACGACCGCACUAAGCAGAUGAUCAAUGAAGCCAAAAAGCGCUUCUACGACUUGGAGAAGGACUUUGCUCGAGAAAAGAGAUCAUUAGAGGAAGCGGCUAGAGCGCUUUCAAGCGCAGAAAGCGAGAUUUCUACGUAUCGAAAGAAACAGUCGAUGCACGAGAAAAAUGCCGAGCGUUCGAAGAAACAAGCUCGAGUGCUUGAGGAUGAUUUGAAAAAAGAACGGGAUGUUCUUGAAUCCGUUCGAAAGUCGGCGGAGGUCCAGCGCAAGGAAUGCAAGAAAAUCUCCGAUGAAGUUAGGGAGACUGAAGCGGAGCUGCGAAAAGUUGAAAAUGAAAUCGCGAAAAUCCGAGCCCGAACUGGCCAACUUCGCGAGAUCAAAAAGCAACGAUCUCGUCCUCAAGCCUACGUCUCUCCCGUUGAGCCGAUCUCGAAGACGAUCUACAACGAUCCAGUCAACCCAACGAUGCCUUCUCGAAGUGCACCAAGAUCAACUCGGGACGACGGAUGGCGGAAUGAUGGUGGCUGGAUCGAAGACGACGUUUAUGCGUCUAAAUACGCGAAUGAAAGACUAGGCGGCCAGUCGAGCUACUACUCUGCUGGCGAAAGUGAACUCGACAAGAUCCGUCGGGAGCGAGAAGAGCUCGCCAGGCAAAGCGAAGAGCUUCGACGACAGCGAGACCAGGACGAAUAUCAUGUUCGUCAAAUGGAAGAAGAAGAACGGGCGCUUGAGGAGGAACGACGCCAAAUUGAAGAGAUGCGCCGAGAGAAUGAGCGCAUUCAAAGAGAAGUGGAAGAAGAGAAGCGAAGACAGGUAGAAGAGGAGGCGAAAUACGAACAAGAGCGACUUGCUGAGGAACGACGUCGUCAGAUCGAGCAAGAGCGACAAGCGGAGGAGCGAAAGCGACGCGAACUGGAGGAAAUGCGAAACCGUGAGCGCGUAAAAAUUCUUGAAGAAAAGAAGCGACUUGAAGAGGAGCAGCGAAAGUGGGCUCAAGAAAAGGCAGCCGCAGCUGCUGCUCGAGAACGCCUUCAAAAUCAGCGCUCGAGUUUGGGUGGUUCUGGCCAGCAUGUCGCCGGACCACCGCCACGUCAAGAGUUGCGACGAGGGAUGCGUCAAGAGGAGCAGCGGCAACAUCAAAGAGGUGGAGAUUCAGGAGCGAACUCCUGGGAAGAGACUCGAGAGCGCAUGCGUCGUGAACGAGAUGAAGCUGCUCGCAAACGACCUGGUAUGCCAGCCAGAAGCUACGGGCCACCUCCUACUCGUCCUCGAAACGAUGACGUUAUUGUCCUGGACGAUGAUUCUCCUCCCCAUCGUGGGCGAGGAGGUCAUCCACCAGUGUACACUGCUCCGCCGCCCGUUCGCAGCUACAAUGAUCCACGACGUGUUCCUAAUUAUCCACCGCCUUCUCGAACACCGCCCCAACCUCACUCUUACGCGCCACCAACCGUGCCACCACCAACUACUGGACGAAGCUGGCCAUUCAAUCGCCGAUAA